CUUGUGCCAUUCCACUGGGCGAUCGGCUGUCGACGUUUCUUUCGGCGUUCCAUGGGCUCGGCUUCACCGGGGAAGCCGGCUUCAGGUGACCUGCCGGAGGAGAAGGCGGAGUCCGAGAACUGUGAGGAGAUGGCAGACUCAUCCAUGAACGCUCUCUUCGCGACCAACUCGUGCUCAUCCUCUUCCUCGGCGAUGCCCCAGAAGCGGGAGGACGAGUCUUUGGAUCGGCAAAUUGCCGCCUGCUCUGAGGGUGGCGCGCCCAAGAGCGAGCAGCGGCCGCGGGCGGCGGAUGACCCUGCCUUCAGCCUGAAGGUCUCAGUGGAGUGGAAGGCAGAGUUGCAGAAGAUCCGCCAAAGCGUCGAGGAUCCCAGCGUCUCGGACGAGGAGAAAAUCCGCAUACUCCACGAGGCGCUGCAGCAGCGGAUCGACGACACGCGGGCCCAGGAGGAGGUGAAGGCCUCUGUGCAGAAGCGCCUUGAGAGCCUCAGCGCGGACCGGGAGCGCUAUGACGCCGAGGUUCAGCGCAUUGCCACCAUGAAGGUGAAGCUUGAGGCUUGCUGCAGAGAGCAGAAGGAGCAGAUGAACAGCCUUGCCAAGGAGAAUCAGAAGCUUGCGGAGGAGGAACGUGAGCGACACUCCGAGCUCAAGGAGAAGUUUCAGGCUGCCAUCCAGGAUGUGCAGGAGAAGAUGGAUGCCGAGCUCGAGGUUCGGCAGGGCUUCCUCAAGGAGAACGAUGAUCUCCGGAGUAAGCUGCAGAAGUUCAAUGAGACCUACGAGGCCCAGGAGGCCCAGCUGGCGGAACAGCAAGAGGCCAGGGAGAAGGAGAUGCAGGCGGCCACCGAGAGGCUCAAAGAGCACGAGGCCAUGUGCACGGCCUCGAAGACGAAUGCAACGCAGCUGGAGAAGCAGAACGAGACGCUGCGGAAGACGCAAACUGUGCUGCAGAACGAUUUGCAGGGCAUACUGAAGAAAUUCGAUGAGUUCUCGAAGCAAGUCUCCGGCUCCAACAAGCGCCACAGUGAGUGCAAAGAAGAGAUCGACUCUUUGCAAGCGCACAUGGAGGAGCUCGAGAAGGAGAACUCGGAGCUCCGCAGCAGCGCGCGGCUCUCCGAGGUCGCGGCGGAGCAGCAGGUCAUGCAGAAGCAGCGUGAUGCGCUGGAAAAGCUCUGUGACAACCUGCAGAAGGAGAACAAAGGCUACCAGCAGCAGCUCAGGGAAAAGAGAUGAGGUCGGCAUAGAUGCACAGCAAGUGAGCAAGGCAGCUACGCACCAAGUGGAACACCCAGACCUGGGGCGCAAGGUUUUCAGUACGAACUAGUAGCUGACCUUUGCUCGAGUUGACCGUUGUGAGUAGUGGGGUGUCAAGGCACAAUGUGUGAGCCCGCACUCUGAAUGACUGACAGGUGCCAUGAGUUGCA